UUGAGAGAGCACUCCGAUGUCGUUGGCGCGCGCAUGGAGGAGCGGUUGGACGACGCGAUCAACGUGCUGCGCAACCACGCCGAGGCGCCCGACCUCUACCCGCACGAGCUGCACCACCAGUCGCCCGCAGUGUCGCGGCUGGGUGUGGGCGGCGCGCUGCCACACUUGCACUCGAACCGCCCGUCAAGAUGGAGCGACAUGUCCUACCCAACACUAAGAAACGUAAAGAGCCGCCGGACUCCGGGCUGGACUCGAAGCCGUCGUCGUCCGGCUCGGCGGACGCGCUCGCACUCCCCAAGCAGCCGCUCUCAAAGCGAUCUCGCAGAUAUUGUUCGUCGGCGGACGAGGACGACGUGGACCCGGACACGAAGGCGGGGCAGAGAGAGCGCCGCCAGGCCAACAAUGUUAGAGAGAGAAUAAGGAUAAGAGAUAUAAAUGAAGCGCUGAAGGAGCUCGGGCGCAUGUGCAUGACGCACCUCAAGAGCGACAAACCGCAGACCAAGCUCGGCAUCCUCAACAUGGCCGUCGAGGUCAUCAUGACACUCGAGCAGCAAGUGAGAGAGCGCAACCUGAACCCGAAGGCGGCGUGCCUGAAGCGGCGCGAGGAGGAGAAGGCGGAGGAGGCGCCCAAACUGCUCGCCGCGCCGCUACACCACUACCAGCCCAUGCAGGGCAUGGGUCAACUCCCGGGCCAGCCGCCGACGGGUCCGCCGCAGCAAUAGCGACGCCCGGCGCGCCCCGUGCGGCCGCACGCGCGGCCCUAGCACUCGCCCCCCGCGCCCCGCGCCCCGCGCCGCCGCUAGCUGCCCACACAUCCCUCCCACAUCGCCCGCGUCGCCCACAUAACGCCAACUCGAGACAAACGAAUAAUCCUCGGGGCCUGCCAAAUUGAGUGAGCAAACAGCGUUUUUACUGUGGGGCGUUAUGGUAUUUAUUUUUAAAUUGGCAACAUGUUUAGUGUUGCCAGUUAUAUUUUAAAAUUUGAGCUGAAUAUCCUGUUGAUCGGGGAGAAUGAGACACAUGUACUGUUUAAAAUACAUUGUGUAUUUUAUUUUUAUUUUUUUUGUGCUGGUUAAUUUUUUUAUGGCAAUACACGUGCAGCUAGCACCACUUUGUAUAUACUACGAGAUUUGUGAGUUAUUAUUUUUAUUCCCAGUGUUCAAUAUGCUUGGAAAUUUUUGAUUGGUCUUAUCUGACUCGACGAAAAGGAAAAUCGCACUGUACUGCAAAAUACUUUUUGAAAGACAAAACACCAUCAGACGAUAAAUUACGUCAUUAAUAUUUAUACAAUAAAACCUUAUCAAACCUGUAAUAUAUUCUUACAUCUGGCUAAAAAUCAAACUACAACAUAAUAAUUAAAUUCUUAUCACAUAUUCUUCAAUCUUUUUAAUUUACACUUUACAAAUAAUGGUUGACUAAAAUAAUUUCAAAAUAUAUAUAGACUAAUAUUUGUGUAGUUUCCAAACGCAGACCACUUAAAAUUUCAAACGUGACAUAAAUUUGGAAAAGGUCUACCCGGCACAUUGUCCCAAAGAUUAUCCUCCGCGACAAAAAACCGUAAGCAGUGCGUAGUGACUUAAAUUUCGGACUUCAUAGUAUAAGUGUGUAUAAUAUUAGUAUAGCAUAUAGUUUUAUAUACGAUACAUGCAGUUCGCGAAUGAGAUGCGCAAGCAAGUCUUACCCCAAAGACACUUUGACAAGGUGAGAUUGAAGCGACGGGGAAGUAAAAAAAAAACUUUUUUGUAAUAUACUAGUGUAGUUAUACAUCUGUAUAAGUAUAUAGUGGUUAUAUUAAAUCUAUGAGAAAAUGAUAUUUUUAAUUACGAUUUUAAUAAAACAAACUUAUUAUUUUUUUCGGCUGCCAUAAGUGUAGAAUAAGUGUUGGAGCUUUCGUCCGUGGAUCGCUGUUCUGUGCCGACAUGUUUAUACAGAGAUCGUGUUAUGCGAUGAGAUUUUAUGUAAAAUCUUUUAGUUGCAUGACAAACAAGUUGCAUAGGGCUUGAAUACGUGUGAAUACAUGUACAAUUGUACAAAACGUGCGUAUAAUUCGAUCUCUGUUACAUAUGCAUCUGUGACUACUAAAACUCGACUCUUAACUCUAUUCGAGAUGAAAAAGGAUAUGUCUAUUCGACUUUCCACACUUUAAUGGUCACCCAAUUAUUAACCGUAAAAACAUAUGUAAUAUAAACACUACACAAUAGCAAUUACUGUUAAUAUCUAUGUGCACUAUUUUACAAGUAGCAUUCUUUUAAAUUCUUCCGUCAUUUUGUCACCUAAACUUAAAGCGAUUGAUUUUGCACUAAUCUAACAAUUUAUCGACAUGUCUGUUUCGUCUCGAGAUAGAGUUAGUGUCGCGUUUCGCGCGUUUGGAACCAAAAUAUUUUUAUUUGGGACUAAAUGAGACGCGAUAUGGAAUUUUAAUGAAUAAACGGAUGUAGUGAAAUAUUUAAAGAUAUCUAUGCGAUUUCAGUAUGGAAUGAAUUAUGUGUAUUAUUUUAUGAUUUGAUGUUGUUUUUGUAAAUGAAAUAUGACAACCGUUUUAAUGAAUUCUAUAAUUAUUAUUCGCGUAGGAAAACCUCGUCAUAAUAUUAUUUUAGAUCAAUUUUAUAUAAAACACAAGUGAACCGCGAAAAAAUAUAUUAUCAUUUUUGAAUGCAUUUCUAUAUUACAUCUACAAAAAUAACAAAAAUAAAAAUGGCUGCUAACUUAAGUGAGUACUUAAGGUGAUGUUACUUUACUGUUUUUUGUUCUGUCCUUACCAAAACUCCAGUAAAUGAAUACGUUUUUAUUGUAAGUGUGAUGACAAUACGCCUUGGAUGUAUUUUAUUUUUCUGUUCGGGAGAUCUUUGUUCUAUCAGGGGGAUGUCUCCGAUGUAGCUUUCGACAUCCGUUAAACUUAUUUCGAGGUGAAAUAAUUAUUCAGUGGUCGUUUUAAUCAUACUAUUUUCUCUUUUUUUAAUUGCCAUAAGAAAGUAUCAUUAAUGUCAAACAGAAGAUUUUUUUUUGUGUUGUUGUUGGCCAUUUGUCGAGUCUAAUUUUAAAUUAUUUUACAAAGGUGUUAUAUUAUUUUCAUUAAUCUUAAGGAUUCUUCACCUGAAAGGUUAAAACGGAAUCCGUGAGGUAUAAUUAUAAAUAUGAGUACCUUACUUGCCGCAGACCGCUUCUUUUUAGGAGACAAAGUUUAAAAUAUGUCGAAAUACACAUCUGUGACACCCCCAGACUUAUAUUUUUUUAUUAUGAAAAUAAAUUGUUUAGUUUAAUUCGGUAGCUAACAUCGACGUUAAAAAUUGAAGUACUUAUGAAUUUAGUAAUUUUAUAAUCAUUCACUAUUGAUGGUAUUAAUUAGUUUUAAUAAAAAAAGCCAUCUAGUUGUACCGAAUAUAUCAUACAGUAAAAUUAUUUAUGUGACGGAAAAUUAUGUCUUAUUAUGUUAAGUAGCCGUAAUUUUACGCCAUAAUAAUAAGCCAGUGGUUAAUGGUGAAUGAAUAUGAAAAUCAAUGAAGACAUAAUAAUUGAAUCAUGUAUAAAAAUCAAAACGCAUAAUGUUUUAUUUUGAUUAUUGUGUAAAUAUAAAAUUGUGAGCUCAAUUGUACCGACAACAAAUUGUCCGCAUUGCCUGACGGAUUUAUGUUAAUUUUUGCUUGUAUGAAAUACGUAAUUGUUUGCUUGUAGGAAUGUUGUGAAAAAAGUUGGACGAAAUUACAGAGAUACUUUUGUAUAAAUUUAAAAUUAAUUUGCUGAAUAAAAUUCUUAUUUAAAUAAUACUCCUCAAUGCAAUAAAUUCUUGAAACAAAAACUGAUGAAUAUAUUUUUUUUAUUUCAAUAACAAAAUUGAAUUUUAAACAACAUUGAGAAACGAAUAUUGUCAAUAUUUCGUCUAAGUUUUCGUAAAACAACAUUCCAAAUUUCUCUAUCGAUUCAUGACAUUUAUCUAUAUUUAUAUAAAAUUUUCCAAUCUGAAACCAUUGCAAUUUGUACUGUAUCAGUUGUCGAGCAUAACGAGAGUACAAACACGGCAGUUGUUUCACAGUGAAAACAUAUACAGCAGAUAAUUAAAUACAAACAGGUGAAUGAUGAAGAACCUCGCGAAAUUUCCAAACUCCAUAUCGGGUUAGGUGUAUGGAAAUUUCGCGAGACAAUGAGAGGUUUAGCUUUAGUUAUUUUAGUUACAAUGUAAUAUAUAGAUAAGGAUGAUUUUCUCUCCCACACCCUUUAAGAUCAAUAGAACCACUGUUGAUCAGUGACAGCAUGUUGUGUCGACGUAAAUCAUACAAUCGGGCAUGGCGUUUUUGUUGCGACAUCAAUUUGACUUUUACGGUGAUGUUGUGUAUUACUUUUGCAGUAUAGCUUAGGAAAUAUAUUCAUCGAUAGAAGUAUAAGGUGUCAUAAUCGAAUCGUUGCAAAUAAAUUUCCAAAA